AUGUCAUCGCACCGUUCAAUCCCAAAUGUGGACAGAAUCAGCAACCUACCGGACUCCGUUAUCUGCCACAUUCUCUCUUUUCUCUCUGCCAAACAAUCUGCUGCAACAAGCAUUCUCUCUCAAAGAUGGAAUCCAUUGUGGCACUCAGUUUUCACUCUCGACUUCGACGACCAAAGCUUUACAGACUUCCACACUUUUCGACAUUUUGUCUACUCUGUCAUGCUCACCCGUGACCCCACAUUGCCCAUCCGAAUGUUCCACCUCAAAUGUGGAACCUCCCCGGGAUGUGAUCCACAUGAUAUCAAUCGAUUUGUUCCUGUUGCUGUCAAAAAAGGAAUUGAGAAUCUCAUCUUAGAUUUUACUAGCGCUGGUCACCAUUUUCUAAUCAGAUUAAGUCCUACUUUGUCAAGUGUUUUCAACUGCGGCAGGAAACUUGUGGUUCUUAAGUUGAAAACAAUAAUAGUGAGGGUUCUUCCUCAAAUCGAUUUUCCCUUGCUUAAAACUCUCCAUUUGGAAAAAGGUUGCGAUUCUAAGAGAUUUUAA